CCACACACCGAAUCCAAAACAAGCACAGCUCCGAGUGCCCCGAGCCGAGUGCCGCUUUCAGGCAGAGAUGCAAGCAAGAUUGGAACAGGCCAUCGAGGCGAAUCAUCGCUUUCAGUUGAUGCUGCAGGAGCUUUGCCUUGAAGAGCCUCGGGCAGCUGGGGGAAGACCGAGGGCCUUUGAAUUUCGCCGUGUAUGGAAUCAGUCUCCCAGAAAUUCUGCACAAGAGUUGUCAAGAAGCGCAAGCCAAAGACAGCGGGCUCCCGCGGAACGAUGCAAAGUGUCAAAGGAGAGGUCCCGAAGUGACUCCUGCGGGACAUCCCCUCGACAGGUGCCGAGUUCUCCGCGGUAUCUCGCUCAAACAGCAUCCUCAAGAAGGCGGUCAGAAUCUUCAAGGAGAGCUGCUGUCCGUCAAGAGCAAGUGUGUUUGCGGCAGGGCAGUUCGCCCAACCAAACAUUGUUGCCCAUCCGCGAGGUUCAAAGGGUGCUGACGCCAAAGCAGGUUUGCAUAGACAGAGUGUCAGAUGAGGCACGGCAGUUGGAGCGAAAGGUAAACCAACAAAGCACCUGGAAAAUUACCUUAGUCGGGUCCAAAGAGACCAAAGAUGCCAAAUUACUAGAAGGGGAGCAAAAAGGAGAAGAAUUGAAUUUGAGUUGCAGAGAGAGGUACAGUCUACUUCGCAAAGCCUUUUUGGCAAACGCAUAAGCUGCGAGAGUUCCUUGCAACUAAGAGCUUCGGUGAUACCAAGGUGGUACCGGCUUCGUUGAGGAUCUUGCGUAGUGGCCUAAUAUGUGGGCAAGUUGGAAAGACGAGUUCAAGACAAAAGACAGA